AAGUGUGGAGGAUUGUGAGUUGCCCUCUCCUCCCCCAUGUGAGUGGUGCGAUGUUGGUGCUGGUGCCUCUGCAUCUUGUUAGGGCCUUGGGCCGAGGAGGGCGUGACGUGUCCAAGGAGCGGAGCUGUGCCAGGGGGCUGCAGAGAGACUGGCGGUGUGCGCAGCAGCCAGCGGGCGAGAGGACGACGCUGGAGCCAUGGCGGCAGCACAGACAGGUUGCUGCAGGAGGUCGACUUUGUGCCUGUCAGCCAAAGGACAAGGUGGGGCAGACUGGGUCCCAGCUACGUGGGUCAACACGGGUCAGCUGGAGCCAAGAGGUGGCUCCUUGUAUUGGACAUCGUCCUGCCCCUGGUGCUGCACAGGAUGUUUUAGACUGUUUUUAGGACUGCUUUUAUGUUACUUUUUCAGCCUCUAAAGGACUUGAACUUUUAGCAGUGUUUUGCUCCUCCAAAUAAAUGACUGAUUUAGUGUUAAGUGGUUCCCCUGCCUGUUCUUUGGACCAUGAGUUGCUUGCUUUCCCCCUUGUAUCCGGAACCUGCAGCCGUGGACGGGCUGCUGCGGGGUGACAUGUGCAUUCAGUCCAGUGGGCAUGUGCGUCACUUAUUUCAGUCCGGGUGAAACAUGACCCCCGGGCGAUUGCAAAGCCAUGAAUUAAUUAAACAUGAAUUAAACGACUCCUUGAGGCAGAGAAUUUGACUCGAGGAUUUUUUGUACUCGAAUUAUUCGAGGUACUCGAGGAAUCGUUUCAGCCCUACUAUACACUCGAGCCAUUAGAGGACAAAAACGUCCCAUUGACUUUAAUGCAAACCACAGUUUUUGAUCCUGUAUCAUCUGCAACAAAUAAUCAUGCUUUCUGUGAUGUUAUGGUUUCAUUUUGGACAAAAGUAGAAUUCAGUCAUGUCUCCAUAUGUUGCCCAGGCGAGAAAGUUUACACAUUUCUUUAGAUCUUCUGCUGUUUUUAUUGAAGUCAAAAGGCCAACCUGACCUCUGAUAAGUAAAUAAAACACAGUUUGACUCUCCUACUGAACUUCGAAUUGUAGAAAACAAAAACAAUUAGUAUGUUUAUGCACCUGCCACAUUCAAACUCCUUGUAGUCUGGUUAUCUGGUCAUUUCACUUCUGUGAAAGCCACGGAGCUAAAUGAAGAGGCAUCUCUCUGUGGAACAAGUUCUGGAUCAGCUCCUGCAGCCUGAUACUCCUGGAGAAAAUGAGGAGAGUGAAACAUCUUCAGUGGACUUUGAGGUGGAGUCAGACCAUUCUGUUUCCUUGACUUCUUCUCCUGACCUGUCCAGUGAAAGAGAAGGGAGGACAACGGAUCCUGCUCCAGGAUGGAUUUCUAAAAGUGGGCAAGUCUGGUUUCCUACUAACGCAGAAACUUCCCACUAUGUUCCUGCUGCAAGAUGUCUGAAUCCUGGGCCAACACGUUACACCAUCACACGUAUUUACGAUGUGGUAUCCUCCUUUGAUUUAUUCUUUACUCCAGAAAUGACUGAAAUCAUCGUCAACAUGACAAAUCUAAAUGGAAGACGUGUGGUGAAGAACUGGUGGGAUAUUGAUGACAUCGCAGUGAGAGCAUACAUUGGGCUCCUGAUUUUGGCUGGUGUGUACCAGUCCAAAGGGGAAUCCACCUGCAGCCUUUGGGAUGACCACUGUGGACGUGCAAUCUUCCUGGCCACCAUGAGUCACACCAAAUUCAAGAUGAUCAACUCCACCCUCCGGUUUGAUGAUGAGCUGAACAGGCCUUCCCGUCUCAGGCAGGACAAGCUGGCCCCUAUCCGCUCGAUUUGGGACAUGUGGACCCAUCGCCUCCAAAUGCUUUUCAACACUGGGUUAGAUGUGUGUGCUGAUGAGCAGCUUGUCCCUUUCAGAGGCAGGUGCAAGUUUCGCCAACAUAUGCCAAGUAAACCAGCAAAGUACGGAUUGAAACUCUGGGUCACUGCUGAUGUUGCCACUUCCUAUGCCUGCAAGUGUCAGGUUAACACAGGGAAAGCUGCUGGUGAGGCUGCAGAGGUCGGCCAGGGAAAACGUGUCAUUUUGGAGAUGACCGAAGAGCUCCAAGGAGUCACUUCACAUGCAUGCAUUCACACUUCUGCCCUUUCAUAACAAACUGAACUACAAAGAGUUUGGAUGUGCCUGAGCUCCAGCCAGGUGCAU